AUGACCCGUGCAUUUGACCUGGACCUUCCGUUACCGACGCAAAGCUGUCCGCGAGGGGCCAUCGUAGCUUUAGCACACUAUCGUGACUACUGCAACAGCGCUGGUGCUGAAAGGGCGGCUCAACGGAGAUACUGUAACGGCGAGCCAAGUAUCGAGGCGUGUUGCGGGGCUUGGGCGCAACCAUAUGAAGAGGCCUACGCAAGCUAUGAAUCUGUUCGUCGACGCAGGUUCUUUAAGUCCCCAGAUCCAAAAGCUCCUCUGGUUUCACGGUCUUUCGAAUGGAGCCUACAAGAACUCACAGACGAUGUGGGUAACAUCGUCCAACGCGAGGUCAUCAAGCAACAGCCACACGAGUUCAACCUGGAUUCUAGGCCCUGUCACCCGGGUGUUCAACCUGGCCUAGAAUUCUGGGAAUGGGAGCCCGAAGGGCGCUUGCCGCGUUACGAAGAGCAGGGCAAAUGGGGAACCGCCAGAACAAAACCCGGUAUAGAAAAGAUGAAGUUAGGCAAAGAAGGCAACGCCAUUGCCGAUUAUGACAAACGCAGAGAGUGGUUCAAGGAAAGGCUUGCGAAGAUGAAACUUUGGAAAAGCCGCCUGCUCUCAAAACUGCAACGCUCCGAAUACAACACUGAACGGAAGCGGAUGGCUGCUGAACAAAACUGGGUCAAUCUCUUUACGAAUGAACCGCCUGUGAAAUAUGGUGCCUCGAUUCCAAGGCCUGAUCAACCGGGAUGUCCAACGUGGGGCAUGAAGGAGCUUGCAGAACUCGGAAAGCAUCUGAAGAACGUGGAGAACGUGGCGAACGUGGCGAACGUGCCGAAGGAGGACGCAAAAUGGGCAGUAAUGGAUACAUAUGCGUCUGAGCUUUUUGAGAAAGGCAUGUGUCGGGACGAAAUACUUGUGGUGCUCGACAGACCCAACGAAAGGAAUUACUCAAGCUACUUAGAGUGGUGGUCCGAACGGCGCAAAUGGAAAAAGUACAACGAAAGUCUUGAGAAAGGAGAAGACGUUCCGCUUCCAAAGCUACAGUACCCUUCUUCCAGAGGUAGCCAGCAUACACAAGACCAACUGACGAACGGAGGUGAAGACCCUGCAAGCGACGACCCGACCGCCACACCAACCAAAGGUAAGCGCGCAAAGGACUUCUCGAGCACAAGGCUCGAUACUAUUGUCGAGGUCCCGGAGUUGGAUGACGGCAUGGAGCGCGGGAAUGGGGACGAUUUCGUAAGAGAUGAAGAGGGUGCUCAGGACAAGGUCAAUGAUCAUGGCGACCUGGAAACCAUCCCCUAG